UCACACUGGAGAAGAGACUAAGAAGACACUGCAACAACCCAAUUGCUUUUAGUGUAAGGUGGUGGGGUUAUAAAGACCACACAAAGUGAACUUAUCUACACACACCCACUACCAAAACUCAGAAAGCUUAGAAUCUUGGCCAUGGUGAUGACUACUACUUCCUCUUCUGUUGCUUCCUCUACACCACCUACAAAAAGUGUGUUUGAUAUAGGAAAGUAUGAAACAGUGCUUGUUAAAGCUGAGGCAGAGACUUGCACAACCAAGUCUUCACUCACUGUCCCUCCUCCAAAGCCACUGUUGAUUGCUACACCAUUACAAUCAGGAGAAUUCCCAAUAUUGAUGUUCCUUCAUGGUUACCUUCUGAACAAUUCUUUCUACUCUCAGCUUUUCAAACACAUAGCUUCCCAUGGAUUCAUUGUUGUUGCUCCUCAGUUAUAUUCUGUGGCUGGACCAGAUACAACCGAUGAAAUAAAGUCCAGUGCUGCAGUUACAAAUUGGUUAUCCGCGGGACUCCAAAGUGCGCUUCCAUCCCAUGUUCAGCCAAAUUUAAGCAAGCUGGGGCUUGCUGGCCACAGCCGGGGAGGAAAGGUUGCCUUCGCGCUUGCUCUUAAAAAAGGCGCGACUUCUUUAAAGUUUUCAGCCUUGAUAGGGGUAGACCCUGUCGAUGGCAUGGAUAAAGGGAAACAAACUCCACCACCAGUCCUCACCUAUGUUCCUCACUCAUUUGAUCUCAAUAUGGCAGUUUUGGUCGUUGGUUCGGGUUUAGGUGAAGUGAAGAAGAAUCCUUUGUUCCCUCCUUGUGCUCCUAAAGGGGUGAACCACGAGGACUUCUACAACGAAUGUUCUAAACCGGCUUAUUACUUUGUUGCCAAGGACUAUGGCCAUCUUGACAUGCUAGAUGAUGAUACUAAAGGAGUCAGAGGGAAGGCUACAUACUGUUUGUGUAAAAAUGGGAAGUCUAGAGAGCCCAUGAGGAGGUUUAUUGGGGGAAUUGUGGUUGCUUUCAUGAAAGCUUACUUGGAAGGUGAUUCGAGUGACUUAAUUGCCAUAAGCAACAAGCAUGGGGAUACACCUCUGGAGAUCCAAAAACUCGAAUUCCUCGUGUGAGACUGAACGUAUAUCAUCUUGUAUUUCCUUUUUGGCUCGAAUUUGUAUGUUAGCCCACAAAAGGCAGAUUAUCUUCUAAAAUGAUACCUGAACACUGAAGCAAAAUGACUCGCUCAAAAGGAAAAAAGAAUGGAGCUAAGUUGAGUUUGUAGCACCCUUUUCUACACUUGUUAGUUGAUCCAUCAGAACAUAAUAAUACCUUUUAAAUUUCUGAUGGCAUCAAGUAUAGAACCGUGUUGAAAUUGGUUCAGCCUGAUUUUAUUAAUUCAGCUUGGAUUCGAGUCAAGCAAGGUCAACCCGAACCCACCAGAAUUUAAAUCCAUUUGGAAUUUUUUUUUUU